AUGGCAGAUCUCGCUCGCCUCUCCUUCCUCCUCCUACUCUCAAUUUCCUCCCUUCUCUCAGUGUCCGGCCUCGAGUUCCACGUUGGCGGCCCGCGAGGCUGGGUCAUCCCUGCCGCCGUCGAAGAGCCUGAGUACUACAAUCGCUGGGCGAUGCGAGAGCGCUUCCACGUCGGAGAUUCCCUCUUUUAUCACCAAUUGGAAUACGAUUUGAGAGAAAGGGAUCUCGCCAUUCAUCUCAGAGAUCCAAAUGAUCUCUAUUUCAAAUAUAAGAACGACUCAGUGGCGGUGGUCAACCGGGAGGCCUACGGAGAGUUGAAAGCAGAAGUCAAUUUUUUUAUCCAGAUUUUUUUUCCCAUCCCAAUUCAUUACCAAUUUGAAUACUAUUUGAUUGGAAAGGGGAAGACAUCCCCUGCUUCAUCUCAUAGAUCCAAACGAUUCCAUCGCUUAAUCUGUAUUUUCUUCUUUGUUGUUCUAGAUUUCAAAUACAAGAACGACUCGGUGGCGGUGGUCGACCGGGAGGCCUACGGCAAGUGCAGCGCAGCAGAUCCACUUGUCUUCUUCGACAAUGGAAACACCACCUUCCGCUUCGAUCGCUAUGGCUUCUUCUACUUCAUCAGCGGCUCGCAGGGGCACUGCGAGGCCGGGCAACGCCUCAUCGUGCGAGUCAUGGUGCACCCUGCCACCUCCACCUCGUCCGGCAGCCCGGCGCCCGCUCCGGCCAAUAGAGGAUCGUCCGGCUCACGCUCAGGUUCAGAUUCCGGGUUCGAUUCAGGUCCGGCCAAGUCCGGUUCCCCUCUCGCGAUUCAUGCCGGUUUAGGUAUGGGGAUGGGAACUCUUCUCACUGCUGCGCUGUUAGUUUAAUUAGAAGAUGUAGUUGGUAAUCCAAAUUCUUCAUCAAAUUAUGUCUAACAUGAUCCUC